AAGGUCGGUUCACGAGUUCCGCGACUCGGCGACCGUCGGGCGAUGUUCAAAUUUGGAUAAAUACCCAUUAAUCGAGCUGAAAAAACUCAGUUUUUUUCCGAAAUCGCAUUUUUGUGUCGUGCUAUCUGUUAGGCACCCGGGAAACAAUGUGGCACGUAUAAAACAAGCAAGUAGCGAUUCACAGGGCGAAUUCUCUCGUCUGUGGUCGGCGUGAGCAGUGGUAAAAUGGCUGUCGGGAAACGUCAAUACAUUUUAUAUUGAUAAACGACUACCGUUUUGUAAAUAACUCCAACGAAAUCAUCAGAAUAUCGCGAAUGUUCGAGUGAUAUUUCAACUUUUUUACUCUUGUCUGCACUUUGAAGCAUAUGUGACGAAAAUGGCAGAGUUUGUACGAGGAGGUCCCAGCGUGUCAAACAGUGCUAAGAUUGACCACAAUAGUAAGGGAGGUUCUCCCAGUACCGGAAGCGAAGAUGGAGGUCCAAACGAAUCCCUGAAUACUGAAGAAUUCGAUCCUUUCCUCGAAAAUAUACCAGAUGAUCCUCAGGACACAGAGGAACCGGACAGUGGUAACAACACAGUUCUAACUGCUCCACCCGAAAAUCAAUGGUAUCACGGGCGACUGGACAGGUUUACUGCAGAAGAAAGACUGUGGGACGCGAGUAAAAUGGGAAGUUAUUUAGUUCGUGAGAGCGACAGGAAACCCGGGAGUUAUGUUCUCUCUUACCUGGGACGCACUGGCAUUAACCACUUUCGAAUUACAGCUGUUUGUGGAGAUUAUUACAUCGGCGGUCGUCAAUUUAACAGCCUUUCAGACCUUGUUGCCUAUUAUACUCAUUGUUCGGAUCUGUUGAAAAGAGAACGCCUUAUACAUCCUACACCACCACCUGAGCCUGUGAAUGAUAAAAAACGAAUCGUCGCAAUAUUGCCCUACACGAAAAUGCCUGACACUGAUGAACUCAGUUUUCAAAAGGGCGAUAUUUUUUUCGUUCACAACGACAUGGGGGACGGGUGGCUUUGGGUCACAGCCCACAGAACUGGAGAACAGGGCCUAAUUUUCCGAGAGUUGGUCGACGAUUUGGAUGAUUCGAUUGAUCCUAAUACAGUCUUUUCAUGGUUUCAUCCAAAUGUCACUAAGAGCGAAGCUGUCGAUAUGUUGGUCAAAGCAGGACCCGGCAGUUUUCUAGUCAGACCUUCCGACAACAGUCCUGGAGAUUAUUCUCUUUUCUUCCAUAUUAACAAUCAAAUUCAAAGAUUUAGGAUUGAAAAGAAAGGUGUACGUUACUUGAUGGGAGGAAGAACUUUCGAAUGCCUGGACGCUGUUAUAAAUAGAUACCGAAAGGAGCAGAUAGUAGAAGGUCACACAUUGGUUCAAGCGAUGGUGACAGAACCCGAUGGCAGUGUACGAGUAAACAGAGAAGUGCAACACGCCGAAAAAAUAUACGCAACCUUGCGAGAAUGCAGAGAGCAGUCUGGAGCGAAGAAGAAUAAGGGGAUCAAAAUGCAGGGUUAUUUAGAAAAGAAGUCCGAGAAAAAUAAGAAGUGGAAAGCACUUUAUUUCGUACUUUUGGUCGACGCGACUGACACACAUUUAUAUCUGUAUGACAAUCCUAAAAGAACGAAGCCGAAAGGCCUCAUCGAUUUAAGCUGCGCGUAUCUAUACCAGGUUCAUGAAAGUGUUUUCGACAGACCUCAUUGUUUCCAACUGGUAGAGCGUGCUCUGCCCUGUUUGUCUACAAUAACAUAUUUAGCUGCCCCGAAUUCCGAAAACGUUUCCGACUGGAUAAAUGCUUUAAAGCCACUAUGUGUCUCUCAAUUAACUCGCGCUCCAAAAGUUGCUCGUUUACGCGAGCUGCGUUCACUGCAUUUACAUAUUUUAGAUGCGCACAGAUUGCCGUACAAGCUGGUACCCAGUCCGUUUAUUAUAGUAGCUUUAAAUAACGUCAAAGUCGCCCGCACAAAAGUUAAGACUGGUUUACAUCCCCUUUGGGACGAAGAAUUCAUUUUAGAAGAUGUUCCGCCAGACGUGAUGUCAUUUUCUUUAACGCUGUACAACAAAGGAAAGCGCAGUAAAGACACCGAAGUAGCCGAAUUUACGGUUGAUUUGUCAAGUCUGACUAAUGGAGAAGAAAUGGACGAGUGGUAUCCCUUAUCGGGCGUUACACCACUCGGAGAAUGGGGAGCAUUGCGUUUGCGUUUGAGAUACCGCCAUGAUUUGGCAAUGCCACCAGAAGAAUACAGCCCUUUACAGCAAUUAUUACUGGAUCCGGAACUGCACGUUGUCAGGGCCUUAGCUGAUGUUUGUCACUUGGACAGAGUCCCACUCGCGAAUAGUCUUCUUAGAAUAUUUAGGCAUGACAGAAAGGAAGCAGACCUUCUAAGGUCAUUGAAUCAGGCAGAAGUCGACAAGGAAGAUGAAACACCAACACUAUUCAGAGCUGCAAGCCUUACGACUACGCUGAUGGAUCUUUACAUGAAAUCAGUGUGCACGUCAUUCUUGAAAGCUGCUCUACGUGACACAAUAGUAAAGUUAAUCGAAAGUAAACAAAGCUGUGAACUGAAUCCUACAAAAAUGGACUCACCGGAAGACGCAUGCAAUAACGCAGAAUUUUUAUUACAAAUUUUGGAUGAAGUGACUCUGAGCAUUUUUACAAGUCCUGAUGCUUGCCCAAAGACUGUGAGGUACAUCUGCGGAUGUCUGCAGAGAGCCGUAGUUUCUAAAUGGCCUCACGAGAGGCUGGUCAGAACUAGGGUCGUCAGUGGCUUCAUAUUUUUACGUUUAUUAUGCCCUGCAAUUUUAAACCCUAGGUCAUUUAAUUUGAUCGCCGAACCUCCACCUCCAGCAGCCGCUCGAUCUUUAGUUAUGGUUGCCAAGUGUCUUCAAAAUCUGGCGAACUUGGUGGAAUUUGGAGGGAAAGAACCGUACAUGGAAGUUGUUAAUCCAUUCAUUCUAAAAAACAAGGAGCGAAUGGUCGUCUUUCUGGACCAGUUAUCUAAUGUUACGGAGAAACCAGAUCCGGAUGGCGCAGAUCCGAGAGGAAAAUGUGGCUCGGAUACGGCAAGAGAUCUAGCAACUUUACAUCACAUUUGUGUUUCCCACCUAAAAGAACUACAGGCUCUAUCGAAAACUCAGCCGACGAUAAAACAGUUAGUAACUGUGACUGAAAUGCUGAGCAAACACAAGCAAAAGUACAUGGAAAUGAUACGGUAGUGUUGAAGCCACAAAUCAUCGAGAAUGCCAAAACGCGACAAAAUAGUAAACAAAUCAAUAUCGACAAGUUAAACAUAGAAGUAUUUAAUGAUAAAUAUGAUAUUUGGUUUUACUAAAACUUCAACAGACUGACGUGCCAUAUAUAUUAUUGUAUACACACAAGCCUAUAUUUACUAUUUACUUAUGUAAUUAGAGUCUAGUUUAUACAUAUAUAGCAACCGUAAUGUAACAGUGAUAUAGCAACAUACAAGAAUUAUUAUAUAGGCAUAUGACAAUUUUAUAUUCACUUAGGUGCUCGAAAAUAAAAACGAAUCGAAGUAA